CUAUAUAACCACUACUCUCUCCUCUUAUCACUAAAAAGCCAAAGCAAGAUAUGAACAUAAUCCCUCCUCCUCUUCUUCUUCUUCUUGCAAUAACAAUUGCUCUUUCCUUUUAUGUCACAAGUUGGAUAAUUCUUGUGAGUGUUUGCGGUCUGACCUCGUAUCUGGCGUGGGCGAAUCCAUGGCGAGCUCGGUGGAGGCUUCGAGCGCAAGGCAUAAACGGCCCGAAACCUUCUCUUUUGUAUGGGAAUUUGUGGGAGAUGGAGAAAAUCCAAGCUUCUGCUGCCUUGAAAAACACUGCAAAGCGCCAUGACUUUGUUGCUCACGAUUACACUGCAACUCUCUUUCCCUACUUUGAAGAAUGGAGAAAACAAUACGGUCCGAUCUACACAUACUCCACCGGAAACAAGCAACAUUUGUACAUCAACCAUCCUGAACUAGUAAAAGAAAUGAAUCAAUCUAUUUCUUCCGACUUUGGGAAGCCUUCUUACAUCACAAAAAGGCUGGCACCCAUUCUUGGCAACGGCAUAUUGCGCUCCAAUGGCCAUUUGUGGGCGCAGCAGCGGAAGAUUGUUGCGCCCGAGUUCUUCAUGGACAAGGUCAAGGGGAUGGUGGGAUUGAUGGUGGAAUCAGCCGAGUCGUUAACGAGGAAAUGGGAAGCUUACGCAGCUUCCCAGUCGGGUAAAAUGGCAGAGGUUAGAGCUGAGGAGGAUUUGAGGAGUGUUUCUGCAGAUGUGAUCUCCAAAGCCUGUUUUGGGAGCUCUUAUUUGAAAGGGAAAGACAUAUUCUCCAAGCUUAGAACUCUUCAAAAGGCCAUUUCCAACCAAAGUUUCCUUUUCGGUUCCCACGCUUUCGGAUUGCCAUUAACGGCCCACAAGAGCAAAAUUGAUGUUUUGGAGAAAGAGAUCGACACGCUGAUAUGGGAGGUGGUGGAGGGACAUGACGACGACAACAAGGAUCUACUACAGCUCAUCCUCGAAGGAGCCACGAACAACGACGUCGACGAGGACUCCUCUAGGAGAUUCAUUGUCGAUAACUGCAAAAACAUCUACUUCGCCGGCCACGAGUCGACGGCGGUGGCUGCAUCGUGGUGCCUCAUGUUGCUUGCCUUGCACCCUAAGUGGCAAGCACGGAUACGGGCCGAGACGACCCAGGUGGGCCCUAUCAACGCCGACUCCCUGCCAAAGUUAAAAACGGUGACGAUGGUGGUCCAGGAGGUGCUGAGGCUGUACCCCCCGGCCGCCUUCGUGUCGAGGGAGGCCCUGCACGACGCGAGGAUCGGCCACAUUGUCGUGCCGCGGGGUGUGUGCCUGUGGACCCUGAUCCCCACCCUGCACCGGGACGCGGACAUAUGGGGUCCAGACGCGAACGAGUUCAACCCGGAGCGGUUCGCGGGCGGGAUCUCGAAGGCGUGCAAGAUGCCGCAGGUGUACAUUCCGUUCGGGUUGGGGCCGAGGCUGUGCCUGGGGCGAAAUUUUGCGCUUGUGCAGCUCAAGAUUGUGGUGGCUGUUAUCGUCUCCAACUUCACGCUCGCACUUUCGCCCAAUUAUAGACAUUCCCCGGCCUAUCGGAUGAUCGUCGAGCCGGGCCAAGGCGUGCAUCUGCACAUCCAAAGAUGCUCUGCUGCUCAUAAUCCUACUUAAACUAGUUGGUUUGUUGAUUGAACUCUAUUUGGAUUGUGCAUUUGUUUUUAAAAUUUUGACAUGUUAGAAUGUCCAUUGUGUGUUAUGUGAUUUGUGGUUACAACUUAAAUACUAAUUGAGACAUACAACACAUAAAUAGUGA